CAAGGCAAGCAGUAAACGUGCAAAGUAAUCGUUAUCAUUCGACCCUUCCCAACGUGCGGUGACGUUUAUCCUUUCUGAAUCUAGACACGGAACACGCGCUGCGCUCCUAUGGCGCUGUGCAGCUUUUCGAAGUCUUACAACGAGCUCGCCCUGGGCCAGCAGCCCGCCAUGGGACACCGCUCUGCGCUGCUGCAGCAGCGGCGGAUCUCUGUGAGGACCUGCGUGGCGCAGCCGUCCACGAGCUCGGCCACGUCAAGUGCGGCCACUUUUGAGCUCCGCGAGGCUGUACUCAAGGGCAAUCACUUCACGCAGCCCCAGGCGGAGGUGAUGCUGAGUGUCUUCCCGACACCGAAGGACCUCGCCAGCAAGGACGACAUUACACGACUUGAACGCAAAAUAGACUCACGCUUUGACAAGGUUCAGCUGCUGGCUGUGCAGCUGGCGCUCGCGGUGGUCAUCAUCGUGGGAAUCAUGCUGCUUCUCCCCCUAAACCCCGUCAGCGCUGUUGGCAUGGUGGUGUCCGCCUUCAUCAACAAGAACAUUUAGUGUCGCCUCUGGUGGCGGCUAACGGGCAGCUGGCCUGCGGCUGCGGCAUGGCGGAUGCUCAAUCAGGUCGAGUGCACAUUUUCAGCUUGCAAGGCAGGCCCCUGCACACCGGCGUUGCUCUCCCACUCAGCAUCUGCACGCGUGGUGGCUGUGAAGGAACGAGCUGCAAACCGGCGGCAGCAGCCAGGCUUUGCACGGUCUCGCAGCACAGGGGCGGUUUCGCAACAUGGUGUGCUACCACUGCUAGCGGUUCAUGGACGGGGAUACGGAGGGGUGUGCUCUGGCGGUUUGAUUUCGUGGGGGGCGGCAAGGAUGAUAGCUGAGGGCUGGAUGGGGCAUGCCGUGCCCCAUUGUAUGGGUGUUUUGCGGGACCCUGCGCAGCACUCAUUGUGGUACUGUGGCUGUCGUGCUGGGCUCGCACUACGUGUAUGGAUAAGGCGGCGUGCAGUGCUUUAGCUCGCUAGCUGUGUAUUUUAAUUAGCAGGCGGCGAAGACGUAAAACCCCCGUCUUGUUGCGGCAUGUUCUGUGCUGGUUCGGGCAUGUUCUGUGCUGGUUCGGGCGGCGAUUGCUCAUGUCAAUACGAAUGUCGCACCAGAAGACCACUACUGUUGGUCGGCGCUCGGGCCGCAUCGUCCCCUGCCCCGGCUCCCGCGAAGCCCGCCUUUAAGUGGGGUGCCAACAUGAAGGACCUGGCCAUCUGCGUGGGCGUUGCUACUGCCCUGUGGUUCAUCCCGCCCCCCGCGGGCGUGACGGCCAAGGCCUGGCACCUGCUGGCGGUCUUCAUCGGCACUAUCGUGGGCAUCAUCACUACGCCGCUGCCGCUGGGCGCGGUCGCCAUCAUCGGCCUGGGCGCUGCCAUGAUCACGAAGGUGCUGACCUUUGCCGAGGCGUUCAGCGCUUUCGCUUCAGAGAUCCCCUGGCUGAUCGCCAUCGCCUACUUCCUGGCCGGCGGCUUCAUCAAGUCGGGUCUGGGCAACCGCAUCGCCUACAUGAUUGUGGGCGCGCUGGGCAAGACCACGCUGGGCCUGACCUACGCUCUGGUGUUUGCUGAGGCUCUGCUGUCGCCCGCCAUCCCCUCGGUGGCGGCACGCGCCGGCGGCAUCUUCUUCCCGCUGGCCAAGGCGCUGUGCCUGGCCUGCGGCUCCGACCCGGAGAAGGGCACCGCCAAGAAGAUGGGCGCAUACGUCAUGACCACCUGCUUCCAGACUACCACGGUGUCGUCCGCCAUGUUCAUCACCGCCAUGGCCGCCAACCCACUGGCCGUGAACCUGGCCGCCUCCGCCGGCAUCAACAUCAGCUGGGGCACCUGGGCCCUGGCGGGCCUGGUGCCCGGCAUCGUGUGCCUCAUCUGCGUGCCGCUCAUCCUGUACGCCCUGUACCCGCCCGAGGUGAAGGACACUCCUGACGCUCCCGCCACCGCCGCCAAGGAGCUGGCCAAGCUGGGCCCCAUGAGCACCAACGAGGUCAUCACCGCCGGUGCCUUCGCCAUCACCGUGGCCCUGUGGAUCUUCGGCGGCUCCAUCGGUGUCAACGCCGUGGCCGCCGCCAUCGUCGGUCUGUUCAUCCUGCUGGUGACCAACGUGACCAACUGGAAGGAGUGCCUGAACAACAACGCGGCCUGGGACACCCUCACCUGGUUCGCGGCGCUGAUCGCCAUGGCGGCCGCGCUCAACAAGUACGGCUUCAUCCCGUGGCUGUCCACCUCGGUGGUCAACAUCGUGGGCGGCCUGGGCCUGGGCUGGCAGGGCGCCUUCGGCAUUGUGGUGCUGCUGUACUUCUACUCGCACUACUUCUUCGCCUCGGGUGCCGCGCACAUCGGCGCCAUGUACACCGCCUUUCUGGCGGUGGCCACCGCCUGCGGCACGCCGCCCAUGCUGGCGGCCAUCGCUCUGGGCCAGCUGUCCAACCUGAUGGGCUGCCUCACCACCUACGGCAUCGGCUCCGCGCCGCCGUACUUCGGCGCCGGCUACGUGCCUCAGGGCGACUGGCUGAAGUUUGGCUUCAUCCUGUCCAUCUUCUACCUGGCCGUGUGGCUGGGCAUUGGCGGCGCCUGGUGGAAGGUCAUUGGCCUGUGGUAAGCAGCUUUCACCGCCGCUGCCGCAGCGCUAGGCGCGCGGCCCGCAGGGCGCUGGCGGCGUGAGCUGUGGGCGCUGCAGCGUUGGCCUGUGCCUCAGUUGACAUUUGAGAACAUCGGUCGCUCGUCCGUUGACGUGCUGUAAAACCAUUCGCCGCAAGAUUGGGCAUGGUUGGCUUAUCGUUUUGCUGUAGCUGGACAGAUGUAAGCAUUACAACGGGCGGGCGUUUUUGCACAGCAUGACGGGCCUUGAGCUGCAUUACUGUACAUAUGAAGAGCUGCAGUCCGAGGCGAGGUGUUUGCCUACGCCAAGGACGGGCGGCUUUCUAGCAUUUUUGCGGCAUGGUCCAUGCAGUGGCGGGACUGCUAUGCCCGGUCGGUUGUUGGUUCGUCCUACUGUUGGUUAUCGUAUCUAGCGUGUGCGUGCUCGAAUGUUUGGAAUGUGGCACGAAGCUUUUGAUUAGCGUGUUUCCUGUGAGCAUCACACCCUGAUGCGGAUUGGAGUUGGCCUUUUUGAGGGAAGCACUUGCGGCACGCAAACACAGAGAAGAAACAUUGUAACUGCUUAAGAAU